AUGUCAGCAAGAACUAAUUUAAACAGAACAAACAACUUUGUGGAGCAAACUGUACCUAAUUUUACUGAUAAGGAAUUCCAAGAAAACUUUAGGCUCACUAGGGAGAGUUUUGAGUUUCUGUAUAAUAAUACAAAAGACUAUUUAAAAAGGCAAUGCGAAGUGAGUGGGAAAUCAACUAUUCACCCAAGAAAACAGUUAUUGGCGACAAUAUGGAUAUUAGUUACUCCAGAUAGCUACAGGUCAAUAGGAGGAAGAUUUGAUAUGUCUAAGUCGAGCCUUUUUGUGUGUUUUGAACGGGUGAUAAAUGCAUUAAACAGAAUUGCACCGGAAAUUAUAAAAUGGCCAACAAGAAAUGAAAGACAAAUAAUGGAAAGAGAGUUUUAUAAAUGUGGAAGAAUUUCUGGGUGUGUUGGUGCAGUCGAUGGGACUUAUAUUGCCAUUAAAGCACCAUCUGAAAAUGCAGAGGUUUACAUAAAUAGAAAAUGUUUUUAUGGAAUUACUCUUCAAGCUGUUUGCGCCUAUAAUAGAGAGUUUUUAGACACCUUUGUAGGUUAUCCAAGCAGUGUAAGUGACACUCGGAUAUUUAAACAUUCUGAUUUAUAUAAAGACAUUACAGCGAACGCUGCAAAUUUUUUGGAUGAAAAUCAAUUCAUUAUUGGAGAUAAAGCAUAUCCUUUUUGUAAUUGGUGCAUACCUUCAUAUAUCGACAGAGGAAAUUUAAACAGGUAUCAAAAAAAUUUUAACAAAAGUCAUGCUGAAACUAGGCAAGUAAUAGAAAGAGUUUUUGCUUUAUUGUUUGGGCGGUUUAGAAGGCUAAAAUAUUUAGANCAUACUUCCACUAUAUAA